AUGGAUCGGACACUCGCUCGCUCUGCUGAAAACACUGUGGACAUGUACGAUCUCAAUGAAUCGGGAACAUGGCAAGGAAUUCACCAAGCAACUGAAUCGCCGUCAGACCAGUCGCCCUCGUCUUCGAAGCGUCCGCAGUGGAGGACAUUGACAGACCUAUCUCGUUAUGCAACCCUGAAACGUACUGCUAGCGGAGAUAUCAACUGUUCUCCGUGGAAACCGCUAGCACUCAGAGCACCCGUUCUAGCGUGCGCUGUGCUGGUUUCAUGGGGUCUAAUUAUCGUCUUGCAACUGCUCCUAGUCAAAUCCCAACGCGAUGGCGGAAUCAUCUUUGCUCCCAAGACCAACGACCUAUCGCUUAGCCACUCGUUUUUAUAUCUGUAUUUCCCGACUAUUGUCGCCGUCAUUUUCAGUAUUUUUUGGAGCUGGAUCGACCUAGAGACCAAACGUCUCGAACCCUACUACCAACUAUCCAAACCGGAUGGUGCUCUUGGAAAAAAUUCCCUAAUGCUGCAGUACCCGUCCGAUUUCAUUCCCUUUGUACCGAUAACAGCGAUAAAAAAUUGCCAUUGGCCGGUAUUCUGGGCGUCGACUGUAAUGGUCAUUGUAACAUGGGGACUUGUCCCCAUACAAGCUGGUGUAUUUGCGACGAAUACUAUCACGAAGUCCUUGAAUGAUUCCAUGCUUGUGUCCACGAGUCUUCUUUCCUUGGACCAACAGACCGAGAACGUAACCGGCCAUUACAUGCAGUCUGUCUUCGGCAUUACCUGGCUCAACGAAACACUUCCGCCAUACAUGGCUCGGAACUACACCCUUGCUCCCUUUAAGACGCAAUCACAGCCGAUUCAGGGAUUCUCUGAGACUUGGACCAGUAUGACUACCCUAUACAGUGUUGACGUAUCCUGUGAGCAAGCGAAACGUCAAAAUGAAACGGGCAUCGAAUACUUCACCAGCAGUAACGGAUGCCGAUUUCCAACCGUUGGUGGAAUUAGCGGAAACAACACUAUUGGAGGAAAGAAGGGUAUGGAAAACAAGGAAUUCUCCGUCAUGUAUGUUGGUUUCUGGGAUGAUGAUGGAUUCGCCGACUAUUUUCUGUCCGAUUUCUGUCCAAUCGAGACCAACCAUACAUUUUAUGCUGCCUUCACGCGCAACAAAAAACUAGCAACGGACCCACCGGAGAACAUGACUUCAAUUUUUUGCCAACCAAGCUACUAUUCGCAGUUGGUCAAUGCCACGGUGGCUGUUCCAUCAAUGCACCCAGUAAAUGCCGUCCCGAUAGGACCGAAAAUUCCGGUUUCAACAACUGCCUACAACACCACUUUGCUUGAAUGGCGAAUGAACAACGGAGUCCAGAAAGCGCAAACUAGAGGAGAGAAUCCCGCGUGGCAGUGGCCUUCUCAACUCGAGCGUCUAUUAAGCAAAAACGUUUCACAAACGAUCGACAAUGGACUUCUUGGUCUUCCAUACAUGGCUGCAUUCGCAAUUGGAGCCUCCAACAACACCCUAGAAGAACUUCUAGAUCCGAAAACUCUCGGCGGUGCCUUUGAGGCGUCAUAUCAGUUGAUAAUCACGCGCUCGAUGGUCGAUGUGUUGAACACCACCUCCUUUGCAACAGCCGUUUCUACAAUUGGGACACGCAAGUACCGCACACAAGCGGUCAUUCUUGUGCCAGCCUUCACUUUUGUUGUUGAAGCACUCCUUGGCGUGGUGUCAGUCUUUGCGAUCGCGUUGCUGUACCUUUCAUUCACGAGGCCAAGGCAACUAAGAUCCGACCCAGGCACGAUAGCUGCUGUAAUGUCCCUGGUAGCAGACAACGCUUCACUACUUUCCACAUUCGGUCAACUCGAUUGUUCCACCUUGGAAGAUAUGAGCAAUUCGAUCGGAAAAAGACAGUUUCAUUUGGAAUAUGAUGGUCAACGAAGUGUGAUACAGCAUGGUGAAAGCUCCGCUCCUGAAUCACUGGCAGAGUUACAAGUUGGGAAUUCCGAAGCCGAGAGCUCAGCAUCGACAAGAGGCAUUUCUCAGCCUAUACGCCCUGUGGAGUUCAGCCUAGUCACAGUUGCGCCAUUCGUUCUGUUCCAAAUAGCUUUGGUCGUUCUUCUGGCUCUGCUUUAUCAAAGGAGUAAACCCUAUGGGCUUGCACUGCCUUCCAACAAUAGGAUAGCUCGGCAAAUCUUAGAGAACUAUAUACCGACAGCAAUCGCUACCUUGAUAGAGCCUAUCUGGAUCGUCGUAAACCGCUUGCUGUGCAUGCUCCAGCCUCUCGAGGACCUGCGUACUAGGAAGGCAGUGGCCAGAAAGUCAAUUGCGCUAGAUUAUAGCUCCUUGCCACCCCAACUGGUCAUCUGGAAGGCGUUACGCUCUACUCACUUUACGCUGGCUGCUGUUUGUGGAAUGGCGUUGCUCGCCAAUGUUCUUGCCGUCGCCUUCAGUGGGCUCUUCAACGAGAAUUCAGUUCAGGUGCUAUAUCCUACCACUUUGAAUCCAUCCUUAUCGAGCAAGUUUGUCAGUAUCAAUGGGUCUGACGGACCUGGUGCUAGUAGUGACUCGAGCGCUGAUGAUGGGGAGUAUUCUGGUGCAUAUCAAGGUGGGCUCGGUAUGGACCAGUUCUACAUCUCGGAGUCGAACCUCACUACUGGUACUCCCCUCCCACCAUGGACGGAUCAAAGGUUCCUAUAUGUCCCUUUUUCCGCGAACAGUACCAAACCGUCAACACAAGGCUUCCGGGCUACAACAAGGGCGUUUGGCGCUGAAGUGGACUGCACUGAGCUGGUCCCUGGUACCGAGAACAGCUUCACUGCAAGCGUUUGGACCGAUCCCCGCCCACUCUCCCGUGUUUCUUCUGCCAAUUUUUCGAUGACUGUCGUAGAUAAUACUGGGAAAUCCGUUACUUGCGUUGAUCCCGGGAGGGAUCCCCAAAAGGGAGCGGAGACUGGAAAUACGGGCGACACUCCCCCAAUGACCUGUCAAAAGGGUCGGUCAGCAAUGGAAUUUGUCCUGCGCCUGCACGCACUUCCGAACGCAACUCAACAAGACCAGGACUAUUGUGCAGAGUCUGUGUUCCUUGGAUGGGCCCGAGACUCAGGUCAAGAUAUUUGCUCUGAUAAUUCUACCAAGAAGUUUGACCGCAGCAAUUCGCUAUUUAUGGCAUGCCGUCCGAGAGUUUUGUCCGGGAUCGCAAAUGUACGAGUCGACUCCGUGGGCCACAUAGAAGAAGCGGACUUAUCAAAUACCACAUUUAACAUUUCUCGGGGGGAGAUUCAACAGCAGUUUUUUACGAAUGACCUGAAGAACCUUUUACAGCAAGCGAAUUGGUACCUAUUUCAAAGUACUACUCUCACCAGCGGAUUAGUUUGGCACAGCGACUCUUUUCCGACAGACUUCUUCAAUUACGAGAUCAGUCACAUUAUAAACAGUAGCCGCCUACUGGAUCCAAACCUAUCACCACCGUCAUUCAGUGACGUUGCGGCUCCAUUCGGCAAAGUUUAUUCCAGGCUCUUUGCCAUAUGGCUUGGCGCUAACAAAGAAAAUCUGUUGCUUCCUGCUCGAGACGACUUGGGAAGUCCAUCUAUUCCGGGAUUUCGGAUUGAAUUGGAAACUCGCAUAUUUGUAUCCAAGCCCAUGUUCAUUAUCUCGGAAGCCAUUCUCGGGACGUACAUCAUCGUUUCCAUCCUUGUCUAUCUUCGCCGUCCAGGAAAAUAUCUAGCCCGGAUGCCAACGUCUAUUGCAUCUAUUGUUGCCCUCUUUGCCGCCAGUUUGGCGGUACGAGACUUCAGAGGCACAGCGCACAUGUCUAAACGAAAGCGUGAACGGUACCUUUAUCAACUAGAUCAAAGGUACGGAUACGGUACCUUCGUGGGCACUGACGGGAGAGUCCAUAUCGGGAUCGAAAAGCAGCCUUUUGUUCGUACAUCUAAUGUACCAGGGCUCAUCCAAAGGAGAACAGGGCGGCCCCAGGCGUCAAAGAAAAGUAACUCAAAAGAGGCCCUGUUGGAAGAUUCGCAUAGAAAGCCAUCUUGGAUUCGACGAUUCUGGUAG